AUGCGCCCACCCUUCAGAGCUCCUAUAGCUCUGCCUUGCCAUUUUCUGAGCUGCCCCAUGCGUGUGCCCAGCUCGGCAGUCAGUGUGACAAAUGGGGGGAAAACAACACUGGCAAAACGACUUAGGAAACAGCUUCCAAACUGCAGUAUACUCUCUCAAGAUGACUUCUUUAAGCCAGAAUCUGAAGUAGAGAUAGAUGAACAUGGAUUUAAGCAAUAUGAUGUACUUGAUGCCCUUUAUAUGGAGGAAAUGGUGACAAGCAUACACUCAUGGAUGAAAAACCCAACAGGCUCUUCUGUCUCAACAGCAGAAUCAAAGAGUACACCUGUCAAUCUGAAAAGUACAGAAGAAGUUCACAUUUUAAUAGCUGAAGGUUUUCUUCUGUAUAACUAUGAGCCUCUUAAUGAAGUAUGGGAUAGAAGAUACUUUCUGACCAUUCCAUAUGAAGAAUGCAAGAGGAGACGGAGUACCAGAGUUUAUCAACCGGCAGAUCCACCAGGAUACUUCGAUGGACACGUAUGGCCUAUGUAUCUGAAACAUAAAAGGGAAAUGGAAGAAAAUAAAAAUAAUAUCGUUUAUUUGGAUGGAACAAAAUCUGAGGAAGACCUCUUUUCAUAUGUUUAUAAUGAUAUAGUACGGGAGCUAGAAACAUGGAAAAAGUGAGCAGGUCACAGCAAAACCAUGCGAGAAGUUGGAAUUCUUUCCAGUAUGGAUUCAGGGGCAAUUUUAUGGUGUCUGGAUGGAUCACUUUGCCAAUCUAUUGUAUGUACAUCAGUAACACCAGUUUAUACAAAUCCAUAUUGUACUGUUGUGACUGCUAUUUCUGUUAGACUUAUAAAUAUUGAUGAACAGUAUAGGUCAUCCAGUAGACUAGUGCAGUAUUUUUAAAGUGAUAGCCUUGCUCAGAGUGGCAUCUGUAACCCUGUGACAACCUGAUUUAAUAUUUAAUCAUGUAAUAUAAGGAAUUUGAAAAUUACUUUAAUGUAUGGAAAUAUAGCCCUGGAUAUUUCAUAAAUAUACUUUCAUAGGUAUACGCUAUGUGCACAAUUUUAUAUGCAAGUAAAAUAUUUUUGGAAUUGAAAAUCACAAAUGCAAAGUGAUUGCACGUCAGUAAUAUAGGGAAAAAUAGAAGUAAUAGCUCAUAAAAUAUUAAAUAUGAGUAUUAAAUGACAUGAUGUGGUUAAAGAGGCAAAAGCCAUUUGGGGAGUAUGUAAAUAGAGGUAUUGCACUUGAGACCAGAAACAGAAUUCUUCCUUUUUCACAUGGUGCUUGUUAGAAUGCAGCUGGAGUAUUGUGUAUUGUUUGGGGCACUAUGGAAAGGAUAUAGAUAAUCUGAAGAGCAACUACUAGGCUAUUAGAAAGAGUUGUAGGAUAAGAAGAGAGGUUGGUAGUGGUUCAGAUGUGUUAACAGUAACAGGAUGAAAAACGUGCAGCCUGGAAAAUAAGGUUUUGAGUUGUAAAAGAUUCUGGCUGACAAAUGCACAAAAGAUGCUACAAAAGAGAAGGAAAGAAUAAGAUUCUCAUUAAUCAUAAAUGAUUAAUUAGAAAUAAAUGAAAAAAAGGAAUGUGAUUAGAGAACAGAAAAAUUAUAUGGUUUAGAUCAGCUAAGGAAUAGUACCAGUUUCUCAGUCAUAUAAAAAUAUAUAAAUACACACAGGGAGGAUUUAAAACUAUUUGAAAA